UUACGUUUCCUCGUGAGAUAACCAAAGAGCCUUCCGAAACGUCUCUGACAAACAUCCUCGCAAACCCUUCCACAUUCUCGCAUCCGUCAUAGAUGAUGAUGAUCGGCCGCAACGGUGGCAGGCUGGCUGCGGUGGAGCAACGCUUCUUCACCAUGGCGGUCCUGCGCGGGGAAGCUCUGGUGAAGACUGGUCCUGUAUGCACAACGACGGUUUCAUGGGUCAGGGCUCCUGCGAUCAGGCUGAGGAAUGAAAGCUCACUUACUCUAGGAGACAGGGCCGAGCAGUCGUAUAGCUGUGAUGAGAAGACGGCGGAGGGAACUGGAUCAGCGGGAGCAGGCGGUGAAGGGAAAGGGAUCGUCAGCUAUUGGGGCGUAUCGGCUGCUAAGGUCACCAAAGAAGAUGGAACUAAGUGGAAAUGGAACUGUUUCAGGCCAUGGGAGACGUACGAGGCGGACCUGUCAAUAGAUCUGAAGAAACACCAUGCCCCCUUGACCUUCUUGGACAAGCUGGCCUUCUGGACUGUCAAAGCCAUGAGAUAUCCUACUGACAUUUUCUUUCAGAAAAGGUAUGGUUGCCGAGCAAUGAUGCUCGAGACAGUGGCGGCAGUGCCCGGGAUGGUAGGUGGGAUGCUGCUGCACUGCAAGUCCCUGCGCAGGUUCGAGCAUAGUGGAGGAUGGAUCAAGGCCCUGCUCGAGGAGGCCGAGAAUGAGCGCAUGCACCUCAUGACCUUCAUGGAGGUCUCCAAUCAACGGUGGUAUGAACGGGCCCUCGUAUUUGCAGUGCAGGGCAUCUUCUUCAAUGCCUACUUCGUCGGGUACAUGAUCUCCCCCAAGUUUGCGCACCGUGUGGUUGGGUACCUGGAGGAGGAGGCCAUCCACUCUUACACAGAGUUCCUUAAGGAGCUGGACAAUGGCAACAUCGAGAACGUCCCUGCACCUGCGAUUGCUGUUGAUUAUUGGCGCCUGCCCCCUGGUUCCACCCUCAGGGAUGUCGUAAUGGUGGUGAGAGCCGAUGAGGCUCACCACCGUGAUGUGAACCACUUCGCAUCGGACAUACACUAUCAGGGUUGCGAGCUGAAGGAAGCUCCUGCACCUAUCGGCUAUCAUUGAGAGGAGAGGUCUUCGACACCGGAGGGUAGGCGUUGUAUGUAGGGAAGUAUCUGAAUGUGUUCAAUUGGUAAACAUACCUUCCUAAGUAACGAAUAACUCCCAUUGCUGGUUAAUGUAUUUUCGGGACAUCGUCUGUGAUGUAAAUGCUGUUUCAAGAGUUCAUGAUCAUGAACUCAAUUAAGAGCAACGGAUUAUAGUAAAAGUGCUUGCGGUAAUGGCAACCUGACUCUGUCCAUCGCA